GCCAGAAUUAAAAAUCUAUACUACACGUCACAUGUGCUAUAGAUUUUUAACACUGGCAGUGAAUUUUCAAACAUAACUGUAGUUGCACUAAUUCGCACUAGUAUUCGCAUGAACGAUCGUAGAUAGUAGGUUUUUAAUCUUUGACAGUUUGUAACAAGUCGACAACAUAUAUGACAUUCGCAAGUCACAAUGAAUAGAUUUGAAUACGCUGAUCCUCAACUCAGGCCGAAUGAAAAUUUUGUGAGACGCGAUGUGGCCGUGCAUCUGUAUGACGGUGACAUUAAGACAACCUUCGAGAGUGGCGAACUAAUUCUAACUAGUCACCGAUUAAUUUGGAUCAAGCCUAGUAAUGGAGGUAAUAACUGUUUGUCAUUGUCCCAUCAAUAUAUUGUUUAUAUGGAAAAAGAAGCUUCUGGACCGCUCUCCUUCACACGUAGUAAAAAGAUUGUGUUGUAUCUUUCCGAACCUGUUGCUGAUAAGAUGCCUGGUCCAACUGAUACUAGUAUGUUUAAUUACAUUAAGUUAUCAUUUAAAGAAGGUUUAGAUUCACAUUUUUUAACUCAAUUGUCUGAUACUGUUCAAAGAGGAAAAUGGAAAAUAGAUCCUAUUAUAAGUUUAAAUACGUCUAAUAACAAUCAGGGCAAUUCCAAAGUACUACCUCAAAUAAAAACACGAACAGGAAUUAUAGGUAUUGAAAGAAGUCUGCAAGAAAAACAAAAAGAAACUGAUGAAAGUAUAUCAUUGGCUUUUCAAGAUCUUACAAAACUGAUGGAUAUGGCUAAAGAUAUGGUAGCCGUUUCCAAGACAAUUUCAGUUAAAAUAAGGGCAAGACAAGGGGAUAUAACAGAAGAUGAAACUGUCAGAUUUAAAUCUUACCUGAUGAGUUUAGGUAUCGACGAUCCGGUAACAAGAGAUGCAUACAAGACUAGCAAUGAAUAUUUUAAGCAGUUGGCAAAGCAACUUGCAUGCAUCUUAGAAGAACCAAUAAAGGAAGCAGGUGGUAUGAUGACUCUUACAGAUGUUUACUGUCGUGUAAAUAGAGCGAGAGGUUUAGAACUAUUGUCUCCUGAAGAUUUAUUACACGCUAGUAGACAAUUGGCACCUCUAGAUUUAUCAAUUAUAUUGAGAAGUUUUGAUAGUGGCGUUAUGGUUCUUCAAGUUCGCUCUCACGACGACAACGCUGUUGCUGAUCGUAUAGUAGAAUUGUUAAAAGAGAACGGAUCAAUAACUGCUGGAGAUCUCGCACAAUUGGAGGGUAUAUCGGUGCUACUAGCACGUGAAAGGUUACUAGUUACGGAAAAACAUGGCAAAGCUUGUAGAGACGAUUCAAUAGAGGCUCUGAGAUUUUAUCCUAAUCUAUUUUUAGAAAUGUCAUAGUUUAGUGAAUAAGAGUGUCAGGUUGUCUGUAUAUAAGAUGUCUGAAAUUUUUUAACACACCCUAAAGUGUCAGUUAUAAAGUGCUAUUGUGUUACAAUAAUUUUUCAUUUUCACAAAUUUUCAACAUAAAUUAUUAAUAUAAUAACGAAAACAGUUACACAAAAACAAUAUAAUAUUGGGGUUUAUUAUAAAUUUUAAAUCUAAUUACACAAGCAUAGGAAUAAAAGGAAUAAAAUGAAGUGCAAAAUAUCAUCGUUAUCAAUUCAAAUAUACUAUUUUUUUAUUUCGUUAAACGAACAACAAAUAAAACUAUACAAGUAUAUUAAUUAACAACAAUGAUUUUGUGUGUAAUUAAUAAUGGCUCACAAGUUUCUGCGUGUAUAUGUCUAAAUUUUCUUCAGUAAAUAUUAGAUAUCUUCAACUUAGUAAUCUUUUAAGAAUAUA